AUGGAAUUAAGACCAUUGACCCCAACCACAGAACAAGAAGUAAUAGUAAUUGAUGAGGAACAUAAUCCAUCAAAAAAACUCUCUGAAAUGAAGCAUCAUGAAAUUUUAUACGAGCUACAAAAAUUGACAAAUAAUCAAACAAAGUGGAUCCAAGAUCAACUAAGACAGCAAACUGACAAUAAUAAUGAUGUUGAUUUGACUCCAAAGAUCUUCACCGAAGGGUAUAUUCAAGUAUGCCGAAAAUUUUUUCCAAGUAAUUUGUGGCCCAGCUUUGAUGAUUUUAAAUCUGAAUUAGAAAAGUGGCUCAAUUUACAUCAUCCCAAUUAUUUAAAAGAAGUAAGUGAACGAAAGUGGACUAAUUCGUUUGUCGGAAACCAUCAUACUAUGAUUCAACAUAAAAUGAAAGAUUUAAGGGGUACCUCUGCCGCAGCAGUUAGGAGUGCAAUUUUUAAAGAAUUGGGAUUACAGAUUCCAAGCAGUAAGAAAAAAAAUACUCCAGUUGACAUUUCGGAAUGGAAAAGAUCGCAAAAGGUCAAGGAAUGCUAUUAUAAAUUAUAUGACGAAGAUGAAAAUGUGAUAGAGAAUAUUGCAAAACAAGCAUUUCCAACCUUAUCUCAUAACAAUGAAUUAUUAUUUAACGAUAUUUAUGUUUAUACAGCAUCUGUGUGCGAUAUUGUAUUAAAUCCUAACUAUCCGGAUAUAGAAUGUGCAAGAAAACCAUUGGAAAGACGUUUUCGAAAAUUCAAGGAUUCACUCUUGAAUAAUGAAUCUAUUGAACUUGAUGAUUCGAUAUCAAUAUUACGAGAAGAAAUCCCAGAAAUGAAAAAGAAAGUAGUAGUUGAGAAAGAUAAUGAAGAGGAACCUCAUUCAGAGGAAGCUUAUGAACAAAAUUUCGAUGAAUUAUUUGAUCAUAGUGACUAA